UUUGGAAGUUGGAUGUAUUAAGUGCCCUUAGCCAUGGAUGCAGAGCUACAGAAAACGUGUCACCGUGAAAUAGGUCACAUCGUAUUUGAUGCCAACGAGAAAAUUACUAUACGGAAAAUUAGUAACACGUGGAGUUUGGAUAGUAAGCAAGCCAUAGAAGUGCUGCAGAAAUGGCUCGAAGAACAAAAAGAGUCAAAGAAGCUUUCGGUGGAGUACGUCGUCCGUGGGAUCGAUAAAAAUGGAAACCUUUUCAUCUCCAUGGCAAACGCGGAAAAAUUGGAAAAAGUAAGCAAAAACUAUCCGCACUGCAUGAAAAUGCUUUAUUCCGUUGAAAUUGCGUCGGAUGUUAGGCCGCUGAACGUGGUAAAUGAUAAUGAGUUCAGUGUGAUGAAAAUACGACUGAAUUCGGAAAAGCGUCAAAUUGCUCAACCGUCCCAAAAGGAGGCUCCAACACCGGUAAAGCCGGACCCGAAACCCUCCAAACCGAACAUGUUCGCAAUGGCCAGCAAAGCACCGGUAAAGGAAGAGAAACAUUCCCCUCCAGCAACACCGGUAGUGUCUGUAAAAGAGGAACCGAAAACGGCCACACCACCAAAAGCUUCACCAAAAACGCAAUCACCGAAAAAGGAUACGAAAAAAGCUGUCGCUACUGGGAAGGGAGCAAUUUCAUCGUUUUUCUCUUCAAAACCUGGUCAAUCUACUGCUGUUGCUGCUCCGAAAGCUGCCAUCAAACAGGAACCUCCAUCACCUGCUACGAAAGCAGUGGAAAAGGCAACGAAAAAACCGGAACCAGUGAAAAAAGAAGAAAAAACACGCAAACGUACCCACACCGAUGAUGAGGAGGCCACAGAAGAGGAUGAAGAUGUCAUCCCAAACACACCUCAGGAGGACCGGAAGAGGGCCGAUAGUAAGAAGCGUACCAGCAAGAAACCUUUGCUGCAGCGGAAAAAGGCGUCGAAUCCUUCAAAGAAAUCACGUCUUCUGGAAAUUUGUGACUCAUCUAGCGAUGAGGAACUGGACGAAAAGGAAGCGGCGGUCGAACAACGCAAGGAACGAUUGGUGGAGUUUGAUCAUGAAGAAAUGGAGCAGCAGCAUGAGAAGGAAGAGGGGAAAGAGCCGGAAGCACAGAAGCCGUCAUCGCUUUCACCGGAAAAGCCCGUCGAGAAUGAUUCGAACAGUGUGAACCGUAAUCGGAGCAAAGUUAAGAAGCUGAUCACUAAAACCUACACCGAUGAGAAGGGUUAUUUGAUCACCAUGAAGGACUACGAAAUGGUAUCGGAAGAUGAGUCUAGCGCUACAGAAAAAGAAACUGCAACACCGACGGAAACUCCAAAACAGAAAGCCGGGGCCCAAGGCAAAGCCUCUUCGGUAGAGAAGAAGGUAACGCCACCAACACCGAAAACCAAGCAAGGUUCAAUUAUGAGCUUUUUUGCAAAGAAGUAA